GGGCUAAGCUACCUGCACAGCCAAGGCAUCGCGCACGGGGACCUCAAACCAGCGAACCCCCUCCUCUCCGGCGAGGGAUCCCGGCUCAAGCUCGCCGACCUCGGCUUCGCCUUCCGCUUCCGCUCCCGCUUCCAGCAGCCCUCCGGGGCCGAAUGCACCCCGCUCCCAAUCACCGUGAGUGCGACCUCGCCCGUGACCGGGACGGAGCCCUACAUCGCGCCGGAGAUCAAUGUAGCUGCAGCCGCACCGACGUACGACCCCCGCGCCGCCGACAUCUGGGCCUGUGCCCUCACGGCCCGCCAGAUCCUGGGGCUGGGGUACCCGUGGCGGCACGCGAUCGACCCCGGGGACGAGCACUACGCCCGCUUUGUGGGAUGGCCCCUGUGCGGCCGCGGGUUCAAGGCCAAGGAAUACCCGGAUUACGCGGCGUUGGUGCUCGUGCUGGGGAUGCUGCAUCCGGUUCCCAAGCGGCGGCUGACGGUGGAGAACAUCCUAAAGGAUCCCUGGGUGAGGGGGAUUGCGUGCUGUUCGCCGGUUGUGCCCGAGGGGAGCCGCGCCGUGCAUGAUCAUGCUCGGUUGAAGGUGGAUUCUCGGGUGAAGUGCACGAGAUAA